GGUCAGUCAUAAGGAUGGGUUCAAAGAGGAGAGUGGUCAUUGUUGGAGCCGGGAUCUCCGGUUUAGGUGCCAUCAAAUCCUGUUUAGAAGAAGGUCUGGAACCAGUGUGUCUGGAACAGUUCGAUGAUAUCGGCGGAAUAUGGUACUACACUGAAGGAUACAGGGAAGGUCAGGGUGCACGGGCAUUUGACAACUUGACCACAAACUCGCCCAAAGACCUGUUCUGCUUCAGUGACUUUCCAUACCCAGAGGAUUACCCACCUUUUCUGACCCAUGAGUUGGUUCACCAAUAUCUCAACCUCUACUGCAAGAAGUUUGACCUCCGGAAGUACAUCCAUUUCAAAACGAAGGUUCUCCAUAUCCGGAAGUCAGGUGACUAUGACGUCACUGGUAAAUGGGAAGUUGAAGCGACGGAUGCAUCGAAGACGGUCUAUCGGGACGUUUAUGACUGCGUCAUAGUGUGCUCCGGGUUCUCUGAUGCCCGAAUUCCUGAAGUUGAAGGACUCCAGACAUUUGAAGGGACUGUCGAACACUCGAAAACGUUCAAGAAUGGGACAAAAUACAAGGACAAGCGAGUGUUGGUUGUGGGCACUGGUAAUUCCGCUGGUGAUAUGGCCGUAACAUCAUCCCAUGUAGCUAAACAGGUCUACUUGAGUGUGGGGAAAGGAACCUACAUAAUCCCUCGACUGCUUGAAGGAGGUCAGCCCCUCGGCUACGUCACACAAAGGAGGUGUAACGUCAGGAAUAAGACAGCGUUAAGCAACGUCAUUUGUGACAUAGCUAAUUCUCGGUUAGACCACACAGCCGCUGGAGUGACGACCGGCGUUGACAAGGUCCCAGAUCUCACCAUGAUGAUAAACGACUUCAUUUACCAACAGAUUGCAUGUGGUCGGGUGAAGAUCGCAGGCAAGCUGAUGAGGGUGGGCAAAACCGAGGCUGAGUUCGAGGACGGUACUGUUCUCAAGGAUAUUGACACUAUUUUGUUUGCAACAGGUUACAGUCGCGGACAAAGCUUCCUACCUGAUGAAGCAAAAGGAGGUAAAGACAAGCUGUAUCUGUACAAGAUGACGUUUCCGCUGACGCUGCCACAUCAUUCGCUGGCUGUGAUUGGAUCUUUCCAAUCAGCUGCGACAGUUUUGGCCUUGGUUGAAGUUCAAGGCCGACUGGCAGCGCGAGUGUUUUCUGGAGGACACAAACUGCCACCCUACCACGUCAUGAUGGAGGACGUGGAACGAUGGAACCAAAACAUCUUGCAAAGCUUUGGAUGCUACAAAUAUAAGAUCCCAAAUCUGAAAAUCCGAGACGAGAUGGCCGCAGAACUGGGCGUGGCCCCUACCUGGUGGGACCUGGUCAAGGCUGGACCCCGACUGGCCUACCUGUACUACUAUGGCCCCGCCUUCCCCUAUUACUACCGACUGUGGGGCCCUCAUCCCUGGGGUGGUGCUAGGGAUGCUAUUGAAGCUGCCCUCACAGAAGGAUACCUGUCUAAACCUGUUGGAAGGAAUAAACACCUGCUUCCAAACACUGGGUGUUCCUGUGCGACCGUUGGACUGUCUUGUUUCGUUGCCAUGGUGAUCGUAGCUCUUUGGAAAUACCUAGGAAUGAACUGUUGGUGGUUGAGUUUCUAGUUGUACACAUCAAAGGUUCAUGCAAUGUGUUUAUGUUUGUUAAAUUUUACGAUAUUGUUUCAGUUAUUUAUUUAUUUACUUAUUUAUUUAUUUAUGUUUACUCUUUUGUUUGUCAUCACAUUCGUGUGCAUAAAAAUGACAUGAACCAAUUGUACAUAUAUUUUGAAGUUGUGUAUUUUUUAUUUAUUUUUUGUGUGUAGAUGACCAGGUUUGUACAAUCAUCUCAAGCGUGCUUUUGAAGAUUCAUUACGGCGAGAGGGGCGAUGGGGUAGCCGAGUGGUUAAACCGUUCGCUCAUCACGCCGAAGGCCCGGGUU